UCCAAAUGGUAUUUGCGCGUGCGCAGUAGGCGCGGACGUGUGGGUCCGAUAGCCAUGAAUGGGGUGGUGGAGACGCGGGUUUGUGAAUUUUACCCAGAUUCUAAAAUUUAUGUUUGCACCUCAAUGGAGUUACUUUUAUCAUAACUUUCAACACAAAUACACUCGCCUGCUUUAAAUUCUUAACGCGAGACAAUCUCGUCCGGCAUUAAAGCGCUUUUGUGCUCAUCGCGUGGCUCGAAGCAAAUCACGGUUACGUUUGUUUUCUCCUAAUAAACAUGCCGAGGAACAACAAGACCUCGCUGGUCCAGAAGAUAGCGAGCCAGGCUUAUGUGACCUUCCCAAACUGCUCUACCUCUGCCAUUGGGGAUAAUAAGACGUUUUUAGAGCGGCAGGCAGAGUUGGUCACCCUCCUGUCCAGCAUCAGGGCUGCGGAUCUGAGGAUUGCGCCACCGAAGAAAGUCUCCAUAUCCUCCUCACAGUCAUCAGCAGUUCCUCCAGUCACAUACAUGCACAUCUGUGAGACUGAUGUCUUCAGCAUGGGAGUGUUUCUGCUGAAAUCUGGGGCUUCCAUCCCUCUUCAUGACCAUCCUGGAAUGAAUGGCAUGCUGAAGGUCCUGUAUGGCAAGGUCAAUAUAAGGUGUUAUGACAAGUUGGAUAAAUCUGCUGGUGCCGAGAGUGACACUGAGAGGCAGUUUGAUCCACCGCUGAUGCCUUUCCAGGGAGAUGAUGUGAGGAGAGCCGUGCUCAGGUCCUCCGGACAGUUUUCUCCUCAGAGUGGCCCUUGCAUCUUGUCCCCUCUCAAAGACAACCUUCAUGAGAUUGAUGCAGUGGACGGGCCGGCUGCGUUUCUUGAUAUACUUGCACCACCGUAUGACCCUGACAAUGGGAGAGAUUGUCACUACUACAAAGUUUUACAAACUUGCAAAAAGUCAGAGCAGAGCGGUGAAGACGAAGCCUGGCUUUUAGAGAUCCCCCAGCCGGAAGAUUUCUGGUGUGGGGGAGACCCACACCCCUCCCAAAAAUUCUCUGUAAAAAGAUAA